CUUGUGUACAGCUUUCAACCACCCUCCUCCUUCCUCUCUCUGCCCCAUAAUUCUCUCACAUAAACUGCAAAAAAGUAAAGAGAAGCCAAAAAAAACCGGAAACACAUACACAGGUGUGUGUGUGUGUGUGUGUGAGUAUGGAAGGUGUUUCUGCUAGGAUAUUCACGAAGAUGAAAGAAUACUGGAGUAGGAGAGGGUACGAGAGGAUAAAUGGGUCAGGUCGGACUCGGAGGAGUUGGCCGGUGGAGCUGGGUUCGGUUAGCACUACUUCAAGGAGGAGGAGGAGGUUUGCUUGGCGGAUCAAGGUCAAGCCGAAGCUUAAAGCCUUGAAAAUGUCUUCUCCGAAGAGGUUUUUUGUCUGGCUACGGGAUGCCUACGUGAAGAUGAUGCUUGGGUUUGCUAAUUCCAGGGCGAUAGGAACUGCAGGGUACGGCGAUGGGAUUGGUGCCCGCCCAAUCAAGGAGUAUGAUGAGAAGAUGAUCAUUGAGAUCUACAAGUCGCUGGUGAUGGCACAGGGUCAGUUGGUGCCCCGCGAUGCACCCACGCUUGGCUCCAUGCCUAAACUUACUGCUAUUGCAGAGUAGAUGCCAUGUAGGGUGUUUUUUUUUUUUUUUAUGGACAGAAUAAAUCAAUCCAGAAUCAGAUUGUUAAUUGUUCCAUAAAUUUCCCUAAGGAAGAGGGAAAAGAAUUAUAAUAUAAUGUCCUCUUUUUCUACACCGA